CUGGCUGCCGACGUGGAGCCGGCCGAGGCCGCGGCCAAGGCGGAAGUAGCCCGGGCGGAGGAGCCGGAGACCUUCGCCGCCGCCGCCGCUCUAGCACCCGCGGCCAUGGAGAGCUCCUUGGAGAAGAUGGUUGACCCUACCUUAGCAGAAAUGGGAAAGAAUCUCAACGAGGCCAUGAAGCUGCUUGAAGACAAUCAAAGGAAAGUUGAAGAAGAAAAUGAAAAGAACUACACAAGAAAGGAUAUUCCUGGGCCGCUUCAAGGCAGCGGACAGGACAUGGUGAGCAUUCUCCAGCUGGUUCAAACUCUAAUGCACGGCGAUGAAGAAGAAGAAUCACUACAGUCUUAUCGGCUACAGAAUGUGGGGGAACAGGGACACAUGGCUCUCUUAGGACACAGCUUGGCAGCUUAUAUUUCCAUCCUGGACAGAGACAGACUGAGAAAACUUACCACCAAAAUCCUUUCUGACACAACUCUGUGGCUCUGCAGGCUCUUCAGGUUUGAAAAUGGGUCAGCCUAUUACCAUGAAGAUGAUCGCGACGGGCUUUUGAAAGUCUGCAAGCUGGUGAUUCACUCCCGCUAUGAAGAUUAUGCCACCGAAGGCUUUAAUGCCUUAUAUAACAAGCAGCCGAUGGUGUACAUCAGUGCUGCAGCACGAACCGGCUUGAGCCAAUUCCUCUGUAGUCACCUUGGCUUACCUCUUUCCUCCAUGUGCCGAGUGCCGUGUAACACGAUGUUUGGCUCCCAGCAUCAAAUGGAUGUCGCUUUGUUGGACAGACUGAUCAAGGAGGACCUGGAAUCUGGAAAGCUGCCUAUAUUACUGGUGGCCAAUGCUGGCACCCCGGGGGCAGGGCACACAGACAAACUCAGUCGACUGAGGGAACUCUGCGAGGAACACGGCAUGUGGCUCCACGUCGAAGGGGUGAAUCUGGCGACUCUGGCUUUGGGUUACGUCUCUUCUUCCAUAAUGGCCGCAACCAAAUGUGACAGCAUGACACUGACGCUCGGACCCUGGUUGGGUCUUCCAGCGGUGCCUGCAGUGACUCUCUAUAGACAGGAGGAUCCUUCAUUGUCAUUAGCAGCAGGCCUGACCUCCAGCCAGGUGGUAGAGAAACUGCGUGCUUUGUCCCUCUGGCUCUCCUUGCAGUAUCUUGGCCAUGAUGGAAUCGUGCAAAGAAUUAAACAUGCCUCCCAGCUGAGUCAACGGCUACUGGAGAACCUGAAGAACCAAGAUUUUAUUCGAACCUCAGUUGAAGAUGAAUUUAGCUCUCCUGUGGUGGUAUUCAAGUUUUCUCCAGAGAAGUCGCAUAUAGAUCAGAUGCUAUACGCGGCACAACCGUCUGCGGUCACCGGGAAUGAGAGGGACGUUUGCGAUACCUUUAACCAGUGGCUUGGAGAACAGUUGGCGCAGUUGGUCCCUGCCAGCGGGGUGGAUCUGGUGGAUCUGGAGGACGAAGGCACCUGCGUGCGUUUCAGCCCUUUAAUGACUUCUGCAGUUUUAGGAACCGAAGUGCAAGAUGUGGAUCAGUUGAUGGACUGCUUAAAAAUGAAGGUCCCAGUUCUGAACUGCACUUUACAGCUGAGAGAGGAAUUCGAACAGGAAGUGAAAAGAACCGUCGGCUUGUCCUACGUGGAAGAUUUUACCUGGCCUGGCCUCGGGGUGGUCAGGUACAAGGGCCAAAACGAAGAGACACCGGAGAAAGACAUGGAGAAGAUAAACAGUGGCCUUCUGAAGAAGCUCAACGAACUGGAAUCAGACCUGUUAUUUUCUUUAGGGCCGGAAUUUGGAGCAGAGAAGAACUGCAUUUACAUCGGAAUGGUCACCGAGGAUCUCGACGUCUCUGAACUGGUGGAAACGAUUGCAGCAUCCGGUCGCGAAAUUGAAGAAAAUUCAAGGCUUUUGGAAAACAUGACCGAGGUUGUUCGAAAAGGCAUCCAAGACGCACAGGUUCAGUUGCAAAAAGCCAACGAGGAACGCCUCCUGGAAGAGGGUUUGCUUCGACAGAUUCCCGUGGUGGGCUCGGUCGUCAACUGGUUCUCUCCAUUCCAUGCCUCACCAAAGGGACAAACCUUUAACCUAACGGCAGGUUCUUUGGAAUCCACAGAGACAACAUACAUAUCUAAAGCCCAGGGCACGGGGAUCACCCCACCUCCCACUCCCACAUCAAGCCGUGCUAAACAGAAGUUCCCUGGUCAAAAACUGUUUAAACGGGCCGGGAGGAACUCGGAUGGGGUCAGCGAAACCAGCUCGGUGAGCCUAGCUACCGACUUGGACAGAGGAGAAUUCGCAGCUUCUCCCGUCAAGACGGAGAACGGCCAGCCGUCGAGCGAAAGCACGCCUCCUCUCCACCAGGAAGCCACGGGCGUUUCCCCAGGCGCCACGUCUCAAGCCCCGGGAAAUGGCCAUCCGCUAACCGAAGAGCAAGAGAACCUUAGAUAAAACCAAAGCUCUGUGCAAAUCAGACUUUGUACAGGGGUUAAAAGAAAAGCGCACUUCGCUCCAGAAGGGAAACCGAACGACGCAUUUAAAAAUGUGAAAACCGUUGCCGGAGGAAGUCAGUUACGAAUCGCUAUUCGUGUGUGAUUGGCGGGAGGUUUUGCACAAAAAUUAGUGGAAAGGCUGCUCUGUCUCUCUCGCUCUCUCAGUUCCUUUUUUACUUGUCUCGCUUGGUUUCCUCUCGUUUAUCCUGCACGCCCGUUUAGUGCCAAGGUUGGAUCUGGGGUGGCUUAGGAACGUUUUUUUUCCCUUCUUAGCGGGGAACGUGCAAGAAUUAGGAGCCGAACAGAGUGUCCCCCCCCCAAAAAAAAUGCCUGAUUUUAUUUUAUUUUUUUAAAAUUAAAUUAAAAGUUGCUUUGCACAGUCUUUCCUUGGUUUUUCUAAAUUAGAUUGUACGCUGUGCUGGGAUUAAAUUAAUCUAGUUCCUGUUUGCUGAGCCCACCAGCUGCUGGCUAUUUUUAAUUUAACAAGUGUUUAAAAUAUUUUUCAAAGUCCAGCUGCCUUUACUGUUUAACAUGGCGCUAUUUGGGGAGUGGGGGCGGGGGGGGUUAAGUUGCUUUCAGGUUCCCCAAAUUUUUGCCUCGACAGACUUAACUGCCUUUUUCAGCGCCGGUCGGUGGACGAAAAAGGGAGAACAAGAUGCAUUUCCCAGGGUCCUAAGAGUUAAACUCUAAAGAGGUAGCUUUAGACGUUUCCUUGCCAGAGCCAAAUUAAAAAGUAGGGGUGGCGGGGGAGAAAUAUCCCACAGAACAAAAACCCAGUUUGAAAAGUUUGCGUUGAAGGGACAUCCGUCCUUAAUUGCUCAAUGCUGCUUUUGGGCAGAUCGCAAGACGCCGAAAAAGGUGGCCUAUUGGUCCAUUCCCUCUCCCUUUACCGUUCUUAGCUUUUCUCAUCAGUUGGUUGCAUUUGUUAAAUAUUGUAAAUAUUCAGAGAAAUUAGCUUAUUAUACAGUACCGCACUAAGGGAAAGAAAUAAACACACAGAGUUGAUUUGAUUUUUAAAGUCGAGAGUAGAUAUUCGAGCGUGGAUUCCUCACCUUGGUGAUUAAUUAUGCCUCCCCCCCUGAGACAUUUAGCUCUCUGUUAAACAGACCAACUUGGUUCCCCUAAGAGACUUGGCUGCACUUGAUCUCUCUUCCCCUAUUCACCCCGUGUUCUGAUUUUGUUUCACACACACAAUUCUUUUUUAAGCAAUAUUUCUCUGUAGCAGAGUUUUCCUCAAUCUGCUGCUAUCUGGGCACAUCGGACCGGUUUCCACCCAGAAACCCACGAAUUUGGGGAAAUGAAAUUCAACAUCCCGAGAAUGGCAACAGUUGGGGAAACGCGGUGGCAUUUAAUAAGAGUUCCGUUUAGAUUUAAUCGAUCAAUAAAACCAGUGUAAGCGAAGGGACUUUUAUUGUCAGCCGUUGAAGGCGUCGAUUCUAUUCUAACACAGAUAAUAAAAAUUAAGGAAUGGUAUUUUCAAAAUCAUUUUUUUUUUGGUGAUGGUGGUAGUUAUAUAAUCCAGUGUUGAGACUGCAAGGCAUCCUAAGCAGAAAAAAAUUGCCAUUCCCUUGACAAAAAGAAAGAAAGUCUAAAACAGUCCCGUGUGGUCGUAAUUGUAGAAAUUACAAAUUUGGAAAUGGGAGGGUUUUUUUUUCUGCUUUAAAAUCCCCAAGGAUCCAGACACGAUUCACAUCAGUUAUGGAAGUCCUCACCAAACUAGAUCUUACAGUGAAUGCUAGCAUUUUCUCCUCUCUUCUAAUAAUUUACUUGAGGAUCUGUUAUCCUUUGCACUCAAGUGGGCAUUAAGAGUUCCAAGUUUUGCUUAAUAUUAUUUAUGGAGGUUUGAGAGGUAAUGGUCAGCAGAUCUAGUUUACUCUAGAGUAACCAGUUUCUUGAAGCUCAGCUAGAACCAGUUGGAGCUCUUCCAUGGGUACUGGAGCAACUGUCUUUAAUGACCAAAACGUUUGUUAAAGGUUAACAAAAGCUCGUUCUUUCUUGAUUUGAGGAUUAUCACUGGUUAAAUGUAGAGUUAACUCCCAACUAUUAAGGGUUGAUUUUUUUUCUAAAGUGCAAAUUUAAUUCCUGUCUUCCUUUUGACUGUUUAUUUAGUGCAAUGAUUUAUAUUAACUUGGGUUCAUGAAGGGGAGGGGGGGGAAGGUUAAAGUUAUAAUUGUUAAUAUAAAUUUUAAUGUUUUAUAUCAAGCUGGCAGUUUUGCUGGAAUACAGUCCUAAUUUAGAUACUUCCUAAAUGCUUCAAUAAAGGUUCUUCAACUUGU